AUGGACCCUCUUGGAAAUAAAGCAGAGGCAACACGCAGAGGCUUCGGCCGGCUAAGUUUGGCCCUUGCCUAUGGGCUGGACAAACAGGAGCCAGAGGAAGAAAUAGCCAUGGAAGACAGCCCCACUGCUGUUAAAGUGGACCACCGUUCUCCAUGGCAAGGCAGAAGGUGCCUCCCCAAGACACUUGGCUACAUCACUGGGGAUAUGAGAGAAUUUGCUGACUGGCUGAAAGACAAGCCUGUGGUGCUUCAGUUCAUCGACUGGAUUCUUCGGGGCAUAUCCCAAGUGGUGUUUGUCAGCAACCCCAUCAGUGGAAUCCUGAUUCUGGUGGGACUUCUGGUCCAGAACCCCUGGUGGGCUCUCAAUGGCUGUGUGGGAACUGUGGUCUCUACUCUGACAGCCGUGCUACUCAGUCAAGACAGGUCAUCAAUAGCCGCAGGGCUCCAAGGCUACAAUGCUACACUGGUGGGAAUACUCAUAGCUGUCUUUUCAGACAAGGGAAACUACUUCUGGUGGCUGUUAUUCCCCGUAUCUGCCAUAUCCAUGACUUGCCCAAUCUUCUCAAGUGCACUGAACUCUGUGUUCUGCAAAUGGGACCUCCCCGUCUUCACAUUGCCUUUCAACAUGGCAUUAUCAAUGUACCUUGCAGCUACAGGGCAUUACAAUCCCUUCUUUCCAGCCACAUUGCUCACACCUGUAACCUCUGUUCCCAAUGUCACCUGGUCUGAACUCAGUGCUCUGGAGUUAUUAAAAUCUCUGCCCGUGGGUGUGGGUCAGAUAUAUGGCUGUGACAACCCGUGGACAGGGGGCAUUUUCCUGUGUGCCAUUCUACUGUCCUCCCCACUCAUGUGUCUGCAUGCUGCAAUAGGAUCACUGCUGGGAAUGGCAGCAGGGCUCAGCCUUUCAGUUCCAUUUGAGAACAUCUACUUUGGACUUUGUGGUUUCAACAGCUCUUUGGCCUGCAUUGCAAUAGGAGGAAUGUUCAUGGCACUCACUUGGCAAACCCACCUCCUGGCUCUUGCCUGUGGUGAGUAUCCUGGCCAUCUUAGGGUGGGAUCUCAAAGCAGUGGCUUGUCUCUUCUUCCCCAGGUUGGACUGCCAGCUUGUACCUGGCCCUUCUGUUUGGCCACACUACUGUUCCUCUUGGUGACCACAAAAAACCCCAACAUCUACAGAAUGCCCCUCAGCAAUGUCACUUAUCCUGAAGAAAACCGCCUCUUUUACCUGCAAGCCAAGAAAAAGAUGGUUGAAAGCCCUUUGUAA